GCCUUCGCAUUCGACAUUGACGGCGUGCUGAUGCGCGGCAAGACGCCCGUCCCAGGAGCACGUGAGGCCCUGCUCAAGCUGCACGCCCUUAAGAUCCCGUUUAUCCUCCUGACCAACGGCGGCGGGCACACCGAGGCGGCGCACGUCGCGCAGCUCGGCGACCGCCUCUCGCUGCCAGCCGGCAUGCUGACCGAGGCCCAGUUCGUCCAGUCCCACACGCCGUUCCGCGACCUCGUGGCCGAGUACCGCGACCAGACGAUCCUCGCGCUCGGGGGCAGCGGCCAGUCCGUCCGCAACUUGGCCCUGGCGUACGGGUUCCGCCGCGUCGUGACGUCGUCCGACAUCAUGGCCUGGCAGGACAGCGUGCACCCGUUCCCCGAGAUGACGAGGCAGCACCACGCGGAGCACGGCCGGCCGCUGCUCACAAACACGGAAGGCCACGGGGACGACAAGAACGACAAGGCUACCCGCUCAGAAGCAGCAGCAGCAGCAGCUGCUGCUGCUGCCGCCACUGCCACCGCUUCCACGAGGAUCUCGGCCAUCCUGGUCUUCAGCUCGCCCCGCGACUGGUGCCUCGACCUGCAGAUCGUCACGGACCUGCUGCUCUCCGAGGGCGGCGUGGUCGGCGGCAGGCGCUCGCCCAAGAACGGCGACAAGACCCUCCCGAACCGCGGGUACCUGCAGGACGGCCAGCCGAAGCUCUUCUUCUGCAACCCGGACUUUGAGUGGGCGACCUCGCACCCGCACCCGCGGUUCGCGCAGGGCGCGUUCCGCGAGGCGCUCGAGGGGGUCUGGAGGUUUGCGACUCGGGACGCCGCGGCUGGUGGUGGUGAAGGGGUCAGGCUCGAGUACACAAUCUACGGAAAGCCGACGGACAGGACGUAUGUCUAUGGCGAGCGGCCGGCAGCAGCAGCUCCCACCACUGCCCCUUCCCGCCGUCGCCGCGACAUCUCCCACGUCUACAUGAUCGGCGACAAUCCGGAAAGCGACAUCAUCGGUGCCAACUCGUUCAGCUCGCGCUUCGGUGCGAGCUGGAAGAGCAUCCUCGUCGAGACAGGCAUCUACGUCGCGGGUACCAAGCCCGUUCACGAGCCGGAUCACAUCGCGCGGGAUGUCCAGACGGCGGUGGAGUGGGCGUUGAUGCAG